UGAAUUAUGUUAGAAGAAGAAAAGGAAAUAGGUUUAUUUAAUGUUUCCUUCUACUUUAUUAUUAUUAUUAUUAUUAAGAGUUAAUUAAAUAGAGAUUCUUCAUUUCCAUUCAUUGAAAAAAAAUCAGAGAAAAGGGACUCCUUUCUCUGAUCUCUCUGAAUUUCUUUUUUUCUACUUCUUUUUCUUUUUUGAAAUCUCUGAGGGGUCUCUAUUGUUGAGAGGGAGAGAGAGAAAAUCCUUGAGAGUGACUUCCAUGGAAGGAGAGAUCUUUGUUUCUACUGUGUGGGGUUUUGAGAUUCUUUUCUUUUCUUGAUGUAUUUAGUCAAGUAUGUGUUUUUCUAACUUGAUAAACAAUAUCUUUUAGAUACAGUUUUUAUUUUACUUCAUUUCAUAAUAAAAUGAAAUCCCAGGGAUAGAUUUUGAGUGCUUUUGUAAUGGAUUCAAAGAGAAAAAAGGCUUAUCCUCCAGAGGAAGAAGAUGAGGAUAAUAGGGUGGUAUCAUCGUUUCCUGAUGAGGUUUUAGAGCGUGUUCUGGUAUUUGUGAAAUCACACAAAGAUAGAAGUUCUGUUUCUUUGGUUUGUAAAGAUUGGUAUAGUGCAGAAAGAUGGAGUAGAACACAUGUAUUCAUUGGAAAUUGUUAUUCUGUUUCACCUGAAAUACUGAUUAGAAGAUUUCCCAACAUUAAAAGUGUGACUAUUAAAGGAAAGCCAAGAUUCUCAGAUUUCAGUCUUGUUCCACUUGAUUGGGGUGCUAAUAUUCAUUCAUGGUUACUUGUUUUUGCAUCAGCUUAUCCUUCGCUUGAAGAGCUUAAGUUGAAGAGAAUGACAGUAAGUGAUGAAAGUUUGGAGUUUUUAGGUCAAUCAUUUCCACAUUUUAAAGCCCUCUCUUUACAAGUCUGUGAUGGAUUCAGUACUCAUGGGUUAGCUGCCAUUGCUACUCAUUGCAAAAACUUGACUGAGCUUGAUAUUCAAGAGAAUGCCAUUGAUGAUGCUGAAGGCAGGUGGCUAAGCUGCUUUCCCGAAAGCUUCACAUCUCUAGAAGUACUCAAUUUUGCAAGUCUCCAAAGUGAAGUUAACUUUGAUGCUCUGGAGGCGCUAGUGGCCAGGUGCAAAGCACUGAGGGUCUUAAAGGUUAAUAGAGGUGUAACCUUGGAACAGCUACAGAGGCUGCUUGCGCGAGCUUCUAGACUUACUGAGCUUGGGACUGGAUCGUUUUCGCAAGAGCUCGCUCCUCAGCGGUAUGAGGAACUUGCAAUUGCAUUCAGCAACUGCAAGAAACUAUACACGCUCUCUGGUCUGUGGGAUGUUAGUUCUCUACACCUCCCAGCACUGUAUCCUGCCUGUACCACUCUAACUUACUUGAAUUUGAGUGAGGCAUGUGUGCAAAGUACAGAACUCUCUAAGCUGCUCCCAAAUUGCCCUAAUCUUCGACGACUCUGGGUUUUAGACUCAAUUGAAGACAAAGGUCUGGAGGUUGUAGGUUCAAGUUGUCCGUUACUUGAGGAGCUCCGUGUCUUCCCAGUUGAGCUUGAUCCCUUCGAUAUGGAACACGUUGGGGUUACAGAGAAGGGCUUAAUUGCUGUUUCCUGUGGCUGCUCUAAUCUCCACUACGUCCUUUUCUUCUGCCGGCAGAUGACAAAUGCUGCUGUCGCUACUGUGGUACAAAAUUGCCCAGGCUUCACCCACUUCCGCCUAUGCAUUAUGACUCCACAUGAGCCUGAGUACCUGACUGGGGAACCUAUGGAUGAGGCUUUUGGUUCAGUGGUCAAGACCUGCACCAAGCUACAGAGGCUUUCAAUAUCCGGCCUAUUGACAGAUCUUACAUUCGAGUACAUUGGAAAGUAUGCCAAGAACUUGGAGACUCUCUCUGUUGCAUUUGCAGGCAGCAGUGACUUGGGUAUGAAGUGUGUUCUGGAAGGAUGCCCUAAGCUGCGCAAGUUAGAGAUACGAGAUUGUCCAUUUGGGAAUGAAGCACUACUGUCAGGGUUUGAGAAAUAUGAGUCCAUGAGGUCCCUUUGGAUGUCAGCCUGCAAAGUCACAAUGAAUGGUUGUAGGCUUCUUGCCGGGAAGAUGCCAAGGCUGAAUGUAGAGGUGAUUAAGCAUGAUGAGAGCGAUGAACUUCAAGCAGAGAAAGUUUAUGUUUACCGUUCUGUUGCUGGGCCAAGAACAGAUGCCCCAUCUUUCGUUCUCACCCUUUGAAAAUGAACUUACUCUAGGCUGAAAAGGUUCUCUCGAUGAGAUGAAUUUUAACAUCUGAACGGGAGUAAAGAUUCUUCCCCUUGCAAGGGAGUAUGAAAAAAACAGGAAGACGGAGCAAUGAGAUACUAUAACUCGUGAAAUGACUUUGCAUUGCUGUUUCUCUUUUUACAAGCAUAUUACCGAAAGUAAAUCGAGUAGAGACAGGAAAAAAUGUUCAGGCCUUCAGUGGCUCCAAUGGGACAAACUGGUUAACUUCCAUUUCACGAUCUGCUGUUCCCCUGAAGAGUAAGAUAGCGAGGCUGCCUAUACAGAAGUGGAUGAAACAACCAUGACAAUGGGUUACAAAGGAACCAAAAUCCCUCCCCACGAUGCAUUGCCACCCUGGUCCAUACGACUCAUCAAAUUCCUGCAAGGAUGCCAUGGAAUUAGAAACAAUAUAAGCUUUGCAUGAAGCAGAUGGAUUGAGAACUCUGUAUAGGCAAGACUGGAUCGAGCAUUACCUUUUUGAUAAAGCGAGCAAUUUCAGUGGAGUCAGUGACAUCAAAGGUGUCAAGUGCCUUACCAGCAAGGCUAAGUGCGUUCUGCUGCAUGGUUUGAAGCAUGUCUGUCUCACCGAUGACUGCCUUGCCUUCUAACAUGGUGAGAACUUGAGGAUGGACUUUUAGACUGCUGAGUUAACUGGUUGUUGUAGUGGUGAAGAAAGGAUGAAGCCAACAGAUGCUGGUUGAGAUGAGUCUGUAGUGGUGGCUGCUGGUAAGGAUUAUAUUGAGGUUGAAUUGGAAAGAAAGGGUUCAGGUCACCCACGUAAGUGUAGGUGGUCGUGGUCCAUACAUUGUGGUCAUCUUUAACUCAUGGUCUGAAAUUUGCACCGGAUGCCUACAAGUCUUAGGUAGCAAUCCCAUCCUUCUGGAGGGGACCUGUAAACUCUACUGUGGCGAAUACCUAUACCAUGGGAACAGCACAGCUUGACAUUUUCUCUUUUGAAAGUAUUAGACAGGGCGGCACAAAAGACAAAAAUAAGGGACCUGGAUUUAUCCUGGGCACAUGUUAUCUUGUGGUUCUAUUCUGGAUGUAACCUUGCCACAUAUCGUUCUAAGGUGGAUGGAGAAAUGUCCUGAAUCUUGUCUUUGUUGGUAAACUGAGCUUUCAUUGUCGAUUAAGCUUAAUUGAUUUAAGUUAAACGUGUAUUAUGAGGGGGAUUACGUAAACGUUCAUUACUGUACACCUAUUUCUGCUUGGUUUUAUUUAUCAUGUAGUUAAACUUU